AGCACAUUGCAGGAACGACGAAGAUGAUGACUGCCGCCGCCACGAUGUUGUCGUCCUGCGUGCAUCGCGUAGUGCUGCUGCCAGCACUCCGCACAGCGCAAGCAACAGCCGCCAGACCUGCGGCGUUGCGGAGGAUCCACACUGUGCGUUCAGCCCUGGCUCCCGUGACAAGCAAGCCCAUGCUUGCACAGCCACCGUCGUCACAGUCUUCUUCACAACCAUCUCAAACACAAAACGCACCAGAGUCCUUCAUGUCAAAGCUUGUCAAAGGGCUGGGUGUGCUCGGUGGAUUCUACUCAAAGCGGCAAGUGCAGGCAAGGAGCGCGCAGCUCCUCUACAGCUCAUGCGCCGAACAGUCGUUGCACCCCGAGUUUAUCAGAACGUGCCAGCUCCCAGAUACGUUCCAGUCGUGGUUCCUGAUCACGCACUUGCACGUGUGGAUGUGCCUCGUUCGCCUGAAGCAAGAGGGAGGCGAUGGCAAGCGCACGUACAAAGCACUCGUCGAGCUCUUCUGGAAGGACGUGGAAUACCGCAUGCGCGCAAUGGGGGUAUCGGACAGUCGAAUUAUUCAGGAGAGCACACGUGAACUCUUCUCCAUGUUCUAUGGUCUUCUCUUUGCAUACGACGAGGGUCUGUGCGGGAAAGAUGUGGUGCUUGCCGAGGCCGUAUGGAGGAAUCUGUUUCACAAUGCCAAGGACGAUUUUGAGAUGCAGAAUGUGGCCACCAUGGUCAAGUACAUUCGACGCGAGGUUCAGCGAUUGGACGACACGGAUUCGCGGGUGCUGCUUGAGGAAGGAUCGUUCAAGUUUGGCGCACUGCCCGUCCAGCCCAACCUCUAGAGGCACAUCCCAACACACACACACACACACACAUUCAAAACAACACAUACAUUCAUACACAUGCUUGCAGUUGUUUCUCCUCUUGUUCACUGGUCGUUCGUUU